CCCCCUAGGUUCCGAAAUGCCUCCGUGUCGUUUUCCACGGUGAUAGAACAUAUAAAUGAAGGGUCUAUCUUAGCCGUGAGGUGAUAUAUUUCCGAUUACAACACCGUCCCACAACGCGGAGACUAAUAACCUACGUUCUUUAUCUCCUCAUAACGAUUUCAUUACAGCUCAUUCCGGGUGCGUUCUUGCCGUGUGCUUCACGUUGUUCCAUUGAUUGCCGACCCUGGGCAGCUCCAGUCCUUGAGUCUUUCGCGUUUUUGUUCCUUUACGUCGCGCAGAAAUUUGCUCAACUUUCGUUCCAUCCUAAUUCAACUCCCGCACCGGGAGGCCGUUAUGCUCGUCAGUGCAUGUACUUGUCAUUGGAGGCUUAUCGCAACAUAGUUAAAAAUGUUGGAAGCCGUGCUGAUAUCGCGGCUUUGUGCAGGGUCUCGAAAGGUUUUCAGUACGCCGCGGAACGUGCGCUUUAUAACACGUUGUACAUGCAGGAUAUCGGGACAACAAUGCUUCUUUGUGCCACUCUGACGGAGCAACCGCGCGUCGCGGCAUGUGUGGAUGCCCUCACCUUGCACGCAGGAGCGUCCUCAGAAGACGAAAGUGAAGAGGAGGGGGAGGAAGUUCCACAUGUCGAAGAGCUUCCGGAGGGGUACUGGCCGACCAUCUCUCUCGCAUUCCGAAAGCUUUCGCGGCUACGGUACCUCAACAUUCAUAUAGGUCGUGGCGUUCCAUCAUCGAACACCUGGAUUCUGGACGACUGCCCAUUCCAUCUCAGGAGCUUCCAUUGUGAUCUCGACUGGGACGCACACCUCGUCAAGUUCUUAGAAAACCAACAGGAUCUCGACGAUCUGUACAUCAUAGACUACAAAGAUUCUCUUAUGGAUGCAUCCGUUGCUCCACCCACCACCAUCUCCCCUCUCUCCGCCAACUCACUUCCUAACUUGGCCACUCUAGAAUGCACCUUUACCGAAGCUGCUGCGGCUUUGGCGCCUCGGCGUCCUCUCAUACGUCUCAAAACGUGUUUCUCACGCUCAGACCCCGACGCGAAAAGGGUCGAAAUGACGACUCUGUUUGCUAAAAUCCAAUUAUCUACCGCUGAACUCCGUUCGCUAGAUAUAGCGGAUUCGACGUAUGAAGAGCCUUUCUCGGUCGAGCUUCUCAGCACCAUCGUUGGCAUGUCGAGGACAGCACGUCAGCUUCGAUACUUGGGCACUCUAGCUUUGCCCGUCGCUGGCCGAGAGAGGUUGCGCUUCUACGGGAUGCUGAUGAGGCUUCCGAGGCUUGACUGCAUCGAGGUGGAGGUGUCUGGGUGGCAGCCGGUUCCGUCGACCUUGGCCGCGUUUAGGGCGCUGGCGAGUGAGCUGCGCUUGUAUUGCCCGACGGUGGUGAUGGUGGUUUUUGUACAUGAAUUCGAGAGGACGGUGAUCACGUAUGUGGAUGGGUUGUAUAGAAUUGAUGAGGAAGUUGGUCCUGAGCUGUUGUGGAGGUCGGACCUCUAGGUCAGGGUUUUGUGGUAUGACUCGUUGUGGUAUGGUGUACCAGGGAUGCACGUUGGACUAUCGACUCGUCAAGCAUCGCUCUUGUAUUUCAUGUUAAUGCUCGGCUAUAUACCACUAAUUGCUGU